AAACAAUUAAAGAAAAGUUAGAUUUCACUUCCUGAUUUGCAAUACAAUUGUUUUGUGAUUUGGAGAAUCUGGACGGCUGAAGGACUAAAAUUGGACUUACGGGAAUUCCCGAAUUAUUUUCGGGAGAUAUUCAUUGAUAACUUCUUGUAAAAAAAGGUGAUUCUGUGUACUGGCUAUGUUAGUUUUCCAUUACACAGGAUCCGGAAAUGUGGUCUGCCUUGCCUGCCCGCAGUUGAACUAUAGGGACAACCAGGAAACCACGAACUCAAACUAGAUUAUAGCACACACAGACUGAAUAUUGUGACUGAUUAUUGGUGACGUGUGUGGUUCCGGCGGCAAAUGUCAGAACUGGACAACUGAGUUCCAGUUGUCUUUUCUCUGGCACUUUCACAGUUACUAAAAGUUUAGUAUUCCUUGUUUUAUGAUCUGUGUCUGAGUUGCACUCAACAAUCACUUGAGGAUAUCCUGCUGAUUUAUCAACUGUGUUGUAUUUAUUUACUUGUUAAGUUCAACCCUUACUCUAUGGUUCAACUGACUGUGGGUUUAUGAUUGAGACAAUGAGUUCUUCAAAUAGACGGGAAGUACUCCAAAAUGAGGAAUAUCUUAUGUUUCUUCACAACAGAUUGCUGGAUGAUCAGAGAGACUUCCUUUGUAAAAACGGACGGAUCAACCCGAAGCAUCACUAUCCAUACCUCCGAACAAAGCAAAUCUUAAACAGAGAAACCUGCGCAGAGAUUGACCACGUCGUUGGCCCGACAGCAAGAGCCAACCGCUUCAUUGACGAGUUACAGAGAAAUGGCAGCCCAAGAGCUCUCGUCUGUUUCCUUGAGUCGCUGAGAAGAGACGGGACACAGAUAUUUGUUUUGAAAAAACUUAACCAAGCUCUAGCCAAUAUGAGAAAUGACCUUCCACUCAUGGAUGAGUUUCAAAGUGAGUGUACCCCAGAGUUACAACAUCAAACGUCAAGAGAGUUUGAAGAAUCUUCCAUUCCGUCUGAGGGGGAGGGAGAAGUAAGCGGAAGUUCCCUCGAGGAGGGGCAAACAGCCUUUACCACUACAAGUUCAACACUUCUAAGACCGGGGGAUCCUGGGGCACCCCCGCUUCCCACUUUUGAGGAGCUGACACAAUUUCCUAGCAGUUCAACUGUUGAUAAAAGUGCUGACAGGGGAGAUGAUACAAAUCUAUUGGAAAAAUAAACUCGAGAGAAUGAGGUUUUUCUUUCUGCCGACACACAUCUGGUCAAUCUGUUUAAAUAGGUAAAGAGUAACUUUGAUUUUCCAUUUUCCAAGCAGUUAUUUGGUACAGGCAAUAUAGUCUCAAAAGCUAUGUAGUUUAAUGUGCCUUAAAGACACUGGACACUAUUGGUAAUUGUCAAAGACCAGUCUUCUCACUUGGUGUAUCUCACAAAUGCAUA